GGAAUAAUGACUAACAUUUUAAAUAUGUUGGUUCUGUUUCGCCAUGGAAUGGAAGAUUCUACAAACAUUGUCCUAUUUGGUCUCUCUGUGACAGACCUGAUCUUUUCAUGUAGUGAAACAUUUAACAGAAUUAUAUCGAUUGUGUUUAGACUUGAUUUCUUUUUGGCUUACACCCUGUCAGGAUACUACAUAGUUGGCUUUAUGAAUGUCAGUAAUUAUGCUAUGUGCACUAGUGUUUGGAUGGUAUCCAUAAUAUCUUUCGAAAGAAUGUUAGCUGUGUGUUUUCCAUUUCUCACUUCAACCAUUAUAACACCUAAAAGAAUGAAGUUCAUGGUCACAAUUGUGUAUGUAGUUUUAGCUAUUCUGUACAUUCCUUUUUUUGUAACGUAUGAUCUUGAUUGGGGUUUUGAUAGUAGAUACAAUAAAACACUGAUAAUACUGUUAAAUAGGAAGGAAUAUCUGAACAACAAAUGGUGGAUAGACAUAUUUGCUGAUGAUAUCUUACCAGCAUUAGGAACUACUGUACCCAUGACAACAAUACUUUUUUGCACAUUUGCAACAAUUGCAAGUCUUCGAAAGGCUACUAAAAAUAUUGGGAAUCUUACAACAUCUCUAACCAAGCGCGUUAAAGAAAUGAGAUCAAUCAAAAUAUCUCUUAUAAUUUGUUGCGGUAUGGCUUUUUCAGUGUUGAUUCCCAAUGCCUGUCUGGAUGCUUAUCCAACAAUUAAGGGCGAGUAUUUACCUCCUUAUUUGGCUUUAUUCAUUAGAUCAUUCACACAAGUAGCUGUUCAAUUCAACGCUUCGAUGAACUUCUUUAUUUAUGUCGCUUUGAGUUCAAAGUUCAAGAAAACAUGUUUAAAAUUGAUUCAUUGGAAAUAA